AAUGAACAAAACCUUGGUGAAAAACCCUAAUCUUGUCUCCUCCAUCCUCUCCUCUCUCUUUUCACAAUUGCCCCAUUGUUAUCUCCCUCUCUCAAAGUCUCAACCCAUCAUCUACUAUCCUCUUUAUCUUUUUACUCAAAUACAUACUAUCUUUCCAAUUUCUACUUAUUUUUCCCCAAGAAAAAAAAUAUCCUUGCAUUCAUAAAGAUGUCUAAUUUCCAGUUUAAAAAGGGCAUAAAAGUUGAAAUAAGCAUUGAUGAAGAGGGUUUUCGUGGGGUAUGGUUCCCUGGAACGGUUAUUAAGCCACCAUCAAAAACUGACUUAAAAGUUAUGGUUGAAUAUGAUACAUUGUUGGCAGAGAAUGGAUCAACCCCUUUAAGAGAGAAGGUCGAUUUGGUACAAAUUAGGCCAAUCCCACCUAGGGAAAGCAAAAGGGAAUAUAAAUUGGAUGAUGAAGUUGAUGUUUUCUUCAAUGAUGGUUGGUGGGAAGGUGUGAUUACUCAUGUUCUUGAAGGUAAUCAAUACUCUGUGUAUUUUAGACCUACGAGAGAUCAAAAUGACUUCAAUGGUCUUGAUUUGCGGCUCCAUAGAGAGUGGGUUCAUGGAAAGUGGCUUCCUCCAUUGGAAGAAGAGGCAGUGCAACCAAUAGAAGAAAUGAUUCACAAGGAGAAAGAAGAGAAGAAUUUCAGCAAAGGAAGCUUAGUUGAAGUGAGCAGUGACGAAGAUGGUUUUGAGGGUGCUUGGUUCACUGCAACUGUUCUUGAGGUGAUUGGGAAGGACAAAUUCCUUAUUGAGUACAGGGAUCUAAAAACAGAAGAUGACAAAGAGUUUGUAAGAGAAGAGGUUGAUGCCCUGCACAUCAGACCGCAUCCUCCAAAGGCAGGAAAAGUCGACAAGUUCAAGCAGUUUGAAGAAGUUGAUGCUCUUUAUAAUGAUGGGUGGUGGGUGGGCUGCAUUUCUAAAGUCCUUGGUGACUCAAAAUAUUUAGUUUACUUCAAGAGCACAGAUGAGGAACUGGAGUUUAAGGAUGAUGAACUGAGGCUCCAUCACGAAUGGAUUAGUGGGGAAUGGGUUAUGGCUUCUAAGGCUUUGGACUUGUCAGAUUGAAGAUAAUGGUAUGCCUAGAGAUCUGCCGAACUGAUCCAGAAUUAGGUAACUAGUGUAUCAUAAUAACAGAACUAUAAGUUGAUAAUUAUUUUCAGUUCAAGGCUAUGUUUUGUUGAUGAAUGAGAAUGGCAGAUUUAGCUGCGAUAGUGCUUGAGCACAAUGCUAACUUAUCAUUUUGGCGGCAUUACUGGAGGUAGAUUAGUGAUGUCUCCUCACUUCGUUUGAUCUCUGUCCAAUGGUGAUUCUGGUGGUGGUAUCAGAUAUGAUAAACCAAUUGGUGGUAGCCUCUGUAGGUGAUGCUGUUGUGUAUAUUGUCAACUUUACCCUCAAUCGAAAAGUAAUCUAACUAAGCUGCUAAUCAUUAUACAUUGUAA